AUGGAUAAGAAAGAUUUAUCUCUUAGAAGAAUUAUUAAAGAAUAUAAUGAUCUCCAGAGAGACCCUCCCGUAGGAUGUUCAGCAGGCCCAGAUGAUGAAGAUAAUAUGUAUCUCUGGAAAGGAUAUCUAAUUGGUCCCUCAGAAUCACCAUAUUCUGGAGGGAUCUUUCUUUUGGAAAUAGAGUUUCCUAUACAAUAUCCCUUCAGGUCUCCAAAAGUGAAGUUCACAACAAAAGUUUAUCACCCAGAGAUCAACUCAAAAGGAAUGGUCAGCUUAGAUAUUCUUCGAGAUCAAUGGAGUCCAGCUUUAACAAUCCCCAAAAUUUUGGAAUCGAUCUUAUGGCUGAUGAAAAAUCCUAACGCUGACGACCCUCUUAUGCCAGAUAUAGCCAUUCUCUAUAAGCAUAACAGAGAAUCUUAUAAUGCUAAAGCAAAAGAGUGGACAUUAAAAUACUGAUAAUUAUGUCGCAGUCUUGAAGCUAAACUGCUCUAAUCUAAUUUCUAAAACACAUUCUCUUAAUAUAUGUAAAGUUUUUUGUCAUCCACACUCAAUUUCUUCGCCCAAUCUCCAAUCUCCAAGUCAUCAGGUUCAUUAUGUCUGACCUAUCUAUCCCAGAUAACUUCCUACCUUGAAGGGCAAGUCCUUAAUUUCUGCUGAAAU